UGGCUGAGCCCCACACACGCGCACGGACACUCACGCACAGUUCAGCGGUCUCGCGGGCUUCACUGCGUGCGGUGGAGGUGGGGGGGUGGACUUUUUUCGAGUCUUGUCAACUCUCCUCUCCAAUAUAAACGGGCAGCCGAGUGAGUGCGUGUAAGCUGCUUACGGGGAGUUGGCUUCGUCACCCACGCAGGAUUGCAUUUCAUACUCGUCUACAGUACUUUGAAGGUUGUGUAAACAACAAUAACUUUGACGAGCUCACUGCGAGGCUGGCUGGCGUGUUGAAGACAUCUCUGGGCACAAUGACCCCUCUACCACUCCUGCUGCUGGGCUGUAUUUGCUUCUGGACACUGCCGACCAGUGGACAGCACCAAAGCAUAAGCAGGUACCGACAGUACCACCACCUGAUCGUGGGGCCCCGUGCUCCAUACGGGAUCCCGGCAGGCAUCCAUCCCGGGGUGUGCCGCUUCGGCACGCGUCUCGACUGCUGCUACGGUUGGCACUGGACGGAGAGGGGCACCUGCCAGCCGAUCUGCGAGCUGGGAUGCAAGCACGGAGAGUGUGUGGGGCCCAGCAAGUGCAAGUGCCAUCCGGGCUUCACCGGCAAAACCUGCAACCAGGACUUCAACGAGUGCGGCCUGAAGCCCCGGCCGUGCCAGCACCGCUGCAUGAACACGUACGGGAGCUACCGCUGCUACUGCCUCAACGGCUACAUGCUCACCCACGACGGCAGCUGCACCAACAUGCGCACGUGCGGCAUGGCCGGCUGCCAGCACGGCUGCGAGGAGACGGGCGGGGAGGUGCGUUGCCUGUGUCCCUCCACGGGCCUGCAGCUGGGGCCUGACGGACGCACCUGCAUAGACGUGGACGAGUGCAAGGUGGGCAGGGCCGUGUGCCCGCGUCACAAGAAGUGCGUCAACACCUUCGGCAGCUACCUCUGCAAGUGCAUCGACGGCUACGACCUCAACUACCACAGCGGCAAGUACCAAUGCAAAGACACGGACGAGUGCAAGCUGGGCAAGCACAGGUGCCACGCCAACGCCGUGUGCUACAACACGCCCGGCUCCUACCGCUGCAAGUGCAAGCCGGGCUUCCGUGGCAGCGGCUCCGACUGCACACCGGUGCCAGAAAUCCCCAACGUCGCCUCGCCCGUCUUCCUGGGCGGGGGCGGCAGCCGCCACUACCUGCGCAACCUGGUCACCGGGCGGCACAGCGUCGUCCGGCCGCACCGCAAUGAGCUCAGGAACGAGAUCCCCACGCCGCCGCCGCCGCCCCCGGCGGCACCCGCGCGCACCCCGGCCCGCACCGAGCGGCGGCCCGGCCUCCAGCCCUUCGACUACGACGAGAGCGGAGCGUUCAUCGGCGCGCCCCGAAAGCCGGAGGGGCCCGCCGGCCGCAAGGGCCUCAAGGAGGAGAGCAACGCGGUCGGAGGGACCACGGCCCUCGGAGGAGCGACGGUCACGGACGGAGCGGGGACCGCCGGUGGGAGCGUGGGAGGUGGGGGGAGUGCCGGAGGUGGGGGGACGGGAGGAGCCGGUGGGACGGGAGGAGCCGGUGGGACGGGAGGAGCCGGUGGGACGGGAGGAGCCGGUGUGACGGCAGGGCCCGGCGUUGCGGCUGGAACGGGAGCCGUGGGGCAGACCCCCCGGCCGGACGGUGGAGACGGCGUCCACGCGAGCAACAGCAUCGACCCCGAACCUCAGAAGCCUCGUGGAGACAUCUUUGUGCAAUCUGGGAAGGAAACCUUUCAGGGCGCCAUCUCAAUCGACUGGGGCAGCAGCGCGGACAGAGAGAAUUUCUACAGGAACUGCGCCUUUGGGCAAGGAACCUGCGAGUGGAUGCAAGACGCUGAAGACGACUUUGACUGGAAAUUCCUGGAAUCGCCCGAUGGCCGCGAGCGCUACAUGACGGUCCCGGCCACCUCGAGUCGCCGCCGCGAGAUCGGCCGACUGAGCCUCUCCCUGUCCAGUCCUGUGCCGCAGGGCGACUUCUGCGUGUCGUUCCGCUACCGCGUGGCGGGCGAGCACCCGGGGAAGCUGCGGGUGAUGCUGCAGAGGGGCGGCCGCGUGGGACCACCCGUGUGGGAGUGGUGGGGCGCUGCCACGGGCCAGUGGCGCCAUUCGGGGCUCACGUUGCUGCCCACGGCGCUGGAGAGCAUCGUCUUCGAAGCCGAGAGAGGCAAGGGGAGGAAUGGAGAGAUCAGCCUGGGAGACGUGAUGCUCAAGUCCGGACCCUGCCCCGAAGAGCUCAUGGAAGAUUAGUGGAGGGCGGCGAUCCGGCGUGCGUGCACGUGCGCGCACACACGCACGUGCACGCACACGCGCACACACCUAUACACGCACACGCGCGCACACCUACACACACGCACACACCUACACAUACGCACGCACGCACACGCCUAC